CAUUGUGAUAAUUGGUUCUAAAUGACCAUCAACGUUUAUUCAGUGUUUUUCUGCCUUGUGGUAGUUUUGUUUUCAACACCAAAAGUGCACGGUAUCGAGCAAAAUGAUUCACAUUCAUCCCUCACCGGCUUUGGAUACGAGGUCAUUACAGCCAAGCUGGAAUACCUCCAGUACAAACUGAUCGCAAUGGAGCUCGCGAUGAAGGAGGAUCGAGAGACUAUCGAGCAGAAGCUGACCCAUCAGGAGACUCUUAUGGAUGAACUAUUGUGGACCAUCGACCAGAAGCAGUCGGAAGUUACGGGGGCCAUAAGCCAACUGAGUCAAGCGAUCGGUCACAAUCUAACCGCACUGAAGACACAGUCGCAUAAAAUGCUCUCGCAACAGGAGGCCUGCGCCAACCACGAACAAAUGCGGAACGAGAUCCAAAUGCUAGUGUCAAAGGAAGAUCGAGGUCAAUUCAAGGUCAAUUUUUGGUCUACAUCGACGAAAACCCCCGUUCGCUCGUGCAAAGAAGAGCCAUCGAAGCAAUCGGGCAAGUAUCUGAUACAACCGACCGAAAACGAUGAACCAUUCAUGGGGUACUGCGAUCAAACGACUUUCGGAGGAGGCUGGCUAGUGAUUCAGCAUCGGUUUAACGGAUCGCUGGACUUUUAUCGAAACUGGACCGAGUACCGGAAUAGAUUCGGAAGUGUUGAUGGAGAGUUUUGGCUCGGUUUGGAGCGUUUGCAUUGGUUGACUUCAGCACGCUCCCACGAACUAUUAGUGGAGUUGAAAGAUUUCUCCGGGAACUAUAUUUACGCACGCUAUAGUGAGUUUGCGAUUGGCAGUGAGGCGGAACAAUAUCCACUAGCAAAACUGGGAUCGUACACAGGAACAGCAGGAGAUUCAUUACAUCACCACAAAGGGAUGAAGUUCUCCACCAAGGAUCGGGACAAUGAUAGUACAGGUGGAAACUGCGCUACCGAGUACGAGGGAGCAUGGUGGUACAAAGAGUGUCACUACUCAAAUCUGAAUGGAGUUUAUAUGGAUAAAGUGGAUCCAAAAGCUAUAUGUUGGUACCAUUACAAAUCUUCUUACCAGGGAUUGGCAUAUUCCAGAAUGUUGAUGCGUGAAACAUAAUCAUAACAUCAAAUUUACACGAAUAAAAUUAAAAAUCUGGUUAUCUGCA